UUAUUUAUAUAUGUAACUGUAUUUUUUGAAAUGAAAGGGAAAAUUCUCUUUGUGCUUGUCGUCUGUUAUUUUAUUUAUCUUGUAAUUGGUGGAGCAAUAUUCAUGGCCAUCGAAGGACCUUACAACAAGAAACUGUGCUUGGAAGCAAACGAAAGCGUUAUACUUCUGAUCAAUAAUAUCAACAAUGAUAGUGCGAACGCAAGUAUGGAUGAUUUGCGAAACCUGACUACGCUGAUCUCCGAAUCUGCUUCCUACGGGUUUGAAUUCAACUUCACAUCACUUACUUCAACAUGUACAGACAACUGGUCAUUUGAAGGGUCCGUAUUUUUUGCUGGAACGGUUGUUACCACAAUUGGUUAUGGGAAUAUGUCUCCAAAAUCGCCUCUUGGUCGAGCCAUAUGCAUCAUCUAUGCUCUUAUAGGAAUUCCAUUGUUUGCUUUGAUGUUCGGUGGGCUCGGUGAAAAAAUAGCCAAUUUGGUUUUGAAGCUUGAAGAAAGGAUAAAUGGAAAAGCAUCUCGGACAUGGGUGAGAAAACUUGUUCUUAUUCUCAUCGUCACCUUAUCAUUCGUCGUUUUUUGUCUUUUGAUCCCGUCUGCAAUUUUCCAAGCUGUCGAAGUCAAUUGGAAUUACGGGGAUUCAUUUUAUUAUUCGUUCAUUACAAUAUCUACUAUUGGAUUUGGAGAUUUUGUAGCAGGAACCGAUCCCGAAUCAUCAUAUAUUCUGAUAUAUCGCAUUAUGGUUUAUUUCUGGAUAAUCUUUGGAAUGGCUUUUAUGGCAACAGUCUGGACGUUGAUAACAGACUUCUACAAGAAAACCGGGGAAAGAGGUCGUGGACGUGUUCGAAGGAGGCAAACCAAUAUUUCUAGACAUGGGGAGGAAGUGGACGGAGAAGUAAACGAAAAAGAAGAUCCACAUUCGUCAGAUCGGACCGAAGAAAAUGGAGAUAAUUCGGACACACAAGAUUAUAUUGAAAUGACAAGCAAACCCGCAAUUUACACUAUUGGCAUAUCUGCUGAAACGGAAUACGAAAAUACGAAGCUUCCUGAAACCGCAAACGGAGGGGAAAAUCUUACAGGUUCAGAUUGAUGCACACAACGCAUGGGUGUUUUAACUGUGUAAUGCCCAUCUACUACAAGUAAAUGAGAGAAAUUAGAUAAUUUCACUGCUGAUACACAUAUUUUUAUUUUUCAAAUAUUUAAAUAAAAAAUAAGAAGCUUCCUGAAACCACAAACGAAGGGGGAAAUCUUACAGGUUCAAAUUGAUGCACAACGCAUGGGUGUUUUAACUGUGUAAUAAUGCCCACCUAUCACAAGUAAAUGAGAGAAAUUAGAUAAUUUCACUGCUGAUACACAUAUUUUUAUUUUUUAAAUAUCCUUUCCUGGUCCUAUAAAAUGUACUUACUGAUUUUUAGAUGUAUGUACUGUAAUAUGUUCCAUUUACCUUUGUUAUAACAUUGCUAUUUCUGACUUGAACCAGAAACUGAAAUCGCUUUUUUCUUAGGACUAGGAUUCUUUUACUUUUUAUUCACAUACCGAAAUAUUCUUGAAAUAAAUAUGACAGAAUGUUUAAAAGCUAACGAUAUUUCCAGAAGUUCAUCAUAAAAUGCUAAUUUUGGUGUCUCGUCGUGCUGUGUUCUCGUUUUUCGUCAAGUUUUCGUGAAACAUUUUGAUCAAUUUUUAGUGUGGUGAAACAAGGUUUGUUGUUUAUGAAUCGUACAUUUCACUUCAUAUUUAUAAAUUGGUUCUGGUUUAACGAAAACAAUUGUAAAUUAGUGUAGCCUACAUAUUUUAUAUGCAAUGAUAUAUGGAGAUUUUUUACCACUUCCGUUACUCAUUCUUCCGAUGCUAACUUCAAUUUUUUUUAAAUAACAUUUGCCUAGUUACCUAUAAUCUUCCGUAAUCAGAUUUCUGUAAUAUGCAAAUGUCAUUUGCUACUAUAGGCUCUGUGAGUUGCGUGCUGUUUCAAAUAGCUGUUUGUUCUCGCGCGGAAUUUAAUCUUGUUUUUAUAUUAAGCAUUUCAUAUUGAUAUUACAGGUAUAAAUAAGCGGGAUAUUUAUAGGUUCAAGAUAUAGGUGUAAAACGCACCAUAUUUACUAACAUUCGCCGGUACAUGAAAUUAAUUGCACUUAUCCAAUGGUAUUAAAUCACAUAUGGGUGAGUGGUGGAUUCUGGCCAUUGUUGGCGAAAUAUCAAAGGCUUGUUCUUCUACAUAUUUAUUAUCCAUUUAUUUAUUUGUGGCGAUAUUAACUGGUGUGUACUGUCUGGCAUUUCCGUUUCUUAUUGUGUACUUUCAUUUUCGAUGUUUGUUUAAUAUGAUGAGCUUUUAUUCACGUAAAUACCCUUGCGUGCUAAUUUUUAAUUCAGUAACUUAUAUUAGGGUAACUUAGGUAUUUCUUACAAGACGCUACGCUACGCCUGUUUUGCUGUUACCAUUUUGUUACUGAUACCUCUUAUUUCUGUACUUUUUGAGUUAUCCUAUAUACUGUAUAAUUUAUAUUCUGUCGUUACUUUAAUAUCAUUUUUCUCUCAUUCUCGAAUAUUACCCUAGUACUGUGCUCAAAUGGCCAGAUUAUUAUUGGUUCGAGAUAGCCCACCUCAAAUGCUCCACUCUGGAUGAACUUGUUUCCGCGGUUUCUAUCCCGCGAAGUUAACAUGUUCAAUCAUACAAUUUUUGUGAUAACAUGAAAUAAAAUGGUUCAGAAUAUUCUUCUUGGAUCGUUUUAUUUUUCCGAUCGAAAAAUACAAAAAGCGUUUUGUGGUUAGUGAAAUAUUGACUAUUGAUUACUUCAAAUAUUGAUUCAAUUUGUGUCCAAUUACUAAGUAACUUAGAUCAGUGCCCUAGAAAUUUCUUCAAAUAAUAGAUAAUUUUGUAUUUUUAUUGCUUGAGAAAAAGUUGAUUUUUUGUGUUGUAAUGAUAAAUUUCGUCAUAUGUAUACUUCAAUCAGGAUAUAAAAAAAUUGUGUUCCUAAUUAUUGAGUGUAUGAGUUCAUUUUAAAGUCUGUUUGUCAAUUUUGAGACCAAAAAUACACAAUG